UCUGUUUCAGCCACUAUAGGCAUAAAUGUAAAGAAACAUUUCAAACAUCAUUUCAUGAAGCUUAAGUGUGAGUUGCAGGGAGUAUUUGACACUUUGCUGGCUUGUAAUCAUCUCUACAAACAGCGGCAGAAGCAAAGAUGGCUGUCGAUUACCGUGCCUCCACAGCGACAAACAUGGACAUGGAUGAGAGUAAAAUUGCCUACAAGCAGUUUUUUGGGGACGGCAGCAAACUCCGCUAUUCAGUUUUUGUGUUGAGAAACAGCCCGUUCAAGGUUGCUACAGUUUGCCUCGGGCUGCUGGCUGUUGUCCUGCUGGCUGCGAUGAUUGGUCAAAGUGUGCACAAUCAAAAUGCGGAGCAAGAACAUCAGAACAACGUAAAAGCUAUGAGUAAGGAGAAAGAGGACCUGAAACAGAACCUGAACACAGUGCAAAGAGACAAAGGAGACUUGAGGGCCCAACGUAAUCAGCUGCAGAGAGAUUGCGAUUACAUGUCUAGAAGGGUAUCUCAAGUACAGACCAAUAAUGAUUUGCUGACUAAGGAAAGAGACGCAGUGAAACUGAGUGAAAGCCAGUUACAGAACAAUAACACUGCUUUAAAAAAAGAGGUGAAAGAGCUAAAAACUGCCAGUGACCAACUGGAAACAAACAGCAAUGCCUUGAUUAGAGCCAAAAAUUUGUUACAAAACCAAUAUGAUUUAGUUCUUAAACGCAGAAAUGACUUACAGGCCAAUUACGAAUCAGCGAGCAAAGAAAGGCACAACUUACAGAGCAAGUUCGACAACAUAACCAGAAGCAGAGAGCAGCUCCAGUUAAGUUACAAUGACUUGAUCAUGAAAGUAGAGCAUUUACAGGAGAGAUAUAAUGUCUCUGUGAGUGAGAAAGACAAGAUAGCAAGCAGUCACCAAAACCUGACAACAGCAAAGGACACCCUGCAGGCCUCUUACGACUCAGUUAAAAAAUCGGAAAACGAGUUGCAGGCUUCUUAUGCAUCACUGCUUCGGGAAAAAAAUGAACUUGACAGCAGUUUAAGAAACAUAACAGCGAAGAGAGACCUGCUGAAGGUGAAAAACGACAAUCUGACUGCUGAGAGAGACCAGCUGCUGGAGCAAAUUGACAAACUGAAUGUGACUGUUAAAGACAAGAAAUGCCCCAGUGGCUGGAGGAAGUUUGAAUACAGCUGCUACUACGCUUCCUCUGUCACGAGAACCUGGGCUGGGGCGAGGGACUACUGUCAAAGAAAAAAAGCAGACCUGGCAAUCAUAAACAGCAAUGAAGAAAUGACCUUCAUUAAUGGCUUGUUCAGCAGUAACCAAGAAGCUUGGAUUGGACUGACUGAUAAAGGAAUAGAGGGGGAGUGGAGAUGGGUCGAUGAGACGCCGCUAACCCUAUCGUUCUGGGCUAGUGGCCAACCCAACAGUUAUUCUGGAAUAGACCAGGACUGUGUGGAGUUCUUGCACCGUGCAACAGGGAAUGGGGAGUGGAAUGAUGAGAACUGUGCCCAUGAACAGUACUCAGUCUGUGAGCUGUAGUUUUCAUGCACAUAGAGGCCUAAAGUGUUGGUUUGAUACCACUCAGCAGCACGUUUUGUGACCAGUUUGCACACAGUGACACAUAGCACUGCCAACAGCUGAAGCCUGAGAUGGACUUUAUGGCGAUGAGUAAUGUUUGAUGAAGUUAAAUUUAGCAGACAGCUGAUGAAACAGGUUGAUGUAGGUUGCUUUGAGCAAACUGCUUCGCUAAUGUGGGACUAUGGCCCAGAGGGGCCUGAGAUUUCUAUUAAUAUCUGUACAUACUGUAAGAACAUUUCUGUCAGUGUAAUGAGUGAGGAUGACGAUUAGCCAUGCACUAAUGGAUUUUAUUUUUAAAAAGUGACAAUUGUGACACAAUCCAUUUUUCCCGUCUGCCUGAUUACAUCAAACCAAUUUACUGACCUGAUCAUUUAUUCAGUGACAAAUAAAUGCAUUUCUAAGGACCUGCACCCAUA